AGUUAGGCUUCGACGUCGCUGCGCAGACGCCACUCACGGGUCGGACGUGACGUCAGGAGGGUUCCGGCUUCGGCCUCCGCCGCUGCCUCCGGCACUACAGCUGCUGCCGCUGCCGUCGUCGCGUCUCGUUCUUCCUAAAAUGGCGCCGCUAGAUCUGGACAAGUAUGUGGAGAUAGCGCGGCAGUGCAAGUACCUUCCCGAGAACGACCUGAAGCGGCUGUGUGACUAUGUUUGCGAUCUGCUCUUGGAAGAGUCGAAUGUUCAGCCAGUGUCAACACCAGUAACAGUGUGUGGGGACAUACAUGGACAGUUCUAUGAUCUUUGUGAACUGUUCAGAACUGGAGGUCAGGUUCCUGACACGAACUACAUAUUUAUGGGUGAUUUUGUAGACAGAGGUUACUAUAGUUUGGAGACCUUCACUUAUCUUCUUGCAUUAAAGGCUAAAUGGCCUGAUCGUAUUACACUUUUAAGAGGAAAUCAUGAGAGUAGACAGAUAACGCAGGUGUAUGGAUUUUAUGAUGAGUGCCAAACCAAAUAUGGAAAUGCUAAUGCCUGGAGAUAUUGUACCAAAGUUUUUGACAUGCUCACAGUAGCAGCUUUAAUAGAUGAACAAAUUUUGUGUGUUCAUGGCGGCUUAUCUCCUGAUAUCAAAACACUGGAUCAAAUUCGAACCAUUGAACGAAAUCAGGAAAUUCCUCACAAAGGAGCAUUUUGUGACCUGGUGUGGUCAGAUCCUGAAGAUGUAGACACUUGGGCAAUCAGUCCCAGAGGAGCAGGUUGGCUUUUUGGAGCAAAAGUCACAAAUGAGUUUGUUCAUAUCAACAACUUAAAACUCAUCUGCAGAGCACAUCAGCUUGUGCAUGAAGGCUAUAAGUUUAUGUUUGAUGAGAAGCUGGUCACAGUGUGGUCUGCUCCUAACUACUGCUAUCGCUGUGGAAACAUCGCUUCCAUCAUGGUCUUCAAAGAUGUCAAUACAAGAGAACCAAAGUUAUUCCGGGCAGUUCCAGAUUCAGAACGUGUUAUUCCUCCCAGAACCACGACGCCGUAUUUCCUCUGAGGCCAUUGCCAUCCCGGUGGCCCACUUUUUGCCCUCUUAUACCCCAACUUUCUUGUACCCUCUACAAUAUACUUUUUAUUGAGCACUUUGCUGCUGAAAUGCUGCCUCUUGCCUUUUUUUUUUUAACUUUAAAUUAUCUAAAUUUAUUGUUUGUUAUGAUGUCAAUAGCAGUGUUUUUCUAUCAGUUUCGUCAUUCAUCCCAUCCCACCUUGGACUUGUUUGAGAAGACUCGAGAAAUGUCUUAAUACUCACAUUGCUGCAUGUAGCUCUUGCUUAUUUGCUGUUCUGGGGAAACAGGAAGCAUUUCCUCUUUUAAAAAGUCAAUUGACAAUUACAUGGAAAUCCUCCUCAUUUGUAUCAGCCAGCCUUCUGCUUUUGUUUGGUAGGGUUUAAGAAAUUUCAGCAGCAAAGUUGUCCAGUGGGCAGGAUGGACUGCAGAUGCCUGAGUCAUGUACCCUUGUCCCAGCUGUAAACUUCACUGUCCUUUGUUGGAUGAUGAUUGGAUGUUUUAAAAGGGUAUAAAAUAAAUUGGUCUAAAGGGCUGCC